GGCCAAAUUUACAAUAGCGUGUACCGAGGUAGAUAGCUGCACCUCUCACUUUCUGCGUCUGGACACAUAAUCCUGAUACGCCAAAAGACCAGCAUUUCUCACUUGGUCAAUUACUAAUAAAUUCCGAGUCAUCAAGAUUUCAGCGUCACUUUCACCAUACAUACACUUACUACGAAUAUAUAGCUGAUAUUAUUAUUGGUUUUUGACAUAAUGUCGAACGUGGACGAGAGUGAUGGAGAUAAUUGGAUUUUCGACAGCUUGGUAAACUUCUUGCAUGGAAAUAUUUGGAAAAUGCCAGUACUUGGAUUUGUGGAAGAGAAAUCUGUGGUGUUUGAUCCGGAUAGUUAUGUCAACCUUUCGGAUGAGAAGGAAGAAGAGUUUAGAAAAAUCCAUGAAGCCUACAAAUCUCUUGUUGACUUUAUGCUGUCCAGCUUUAUGGAUGAUUUGCAGGUAACACCGGAACAAGUUGAGGAAGCAUGUCAACAACGAGAGAAACAAAGCACUGUUGCAGAUUCCCACAUUACUAAGGUUGCUUUGGAACAACUGCAAGCGGCCGAGGACUUUAAUAUCUUCCGGAGAAUUAUGACCCGUAAGAACAUUGACCUGCAACUGCAGUCACUGGAAUUGCUCGUGUCCAAGUAUGGCGUCCUUUCACCAUCCCUCCGAUCGGAAGGGUAUGACCCAGGCGACACCACUGGAGAAGACGACUUUCUCCAAGUUGUGAUCAGGUAUUGUGGUGAAUGUGGAUUAUUUGAUGAACCCAACAACGACACUCACGCCAAAAGUACUUCCCUUCCUCCUGUCAUAAGCUGCACCCUGCACAACCAACCUCUCACCUCCUCCUCCAGUGGAGUUAACGACAAAGAAUACAGCUUUUCAAAACCUCUGCAUGGUGAUGAUGACGUUGUUCAAAUAGCGGCUGGAGACCAGAAUCGACCAGAAAAGAGCACACAAUCUCACACCCCACAGCCUCGACAUGAUAUUUCUACAUCCGUAAAUUCACAAACUCCUACACAACUGGAGAAAGUGAACCAAGUAGAACCACUUCCCAUUAUGCACACCACACCCACCACCACCACCGCUACUUGCCAAAAUGCAAAAAAUGAUUCCAGUCAGCUAAUUCAGCAAGAUUUGGCGGAUACUGGAGGUCCUGUGACAACUGCAGAUAUGGGAAUAGAAUCAAUCCAGCCUGCAAGACUGCAUCAUGAAUUCACGUCCUCAGUCCAGCCCACGCCAUCACGACCAUUGCCGGCUAAACAAGGACUCCAAGGGAUUAACAAGGGUCGAAAGAAGGACACAAAAAAAUCAGUCAAAUUUGAUGAGACCACGGUGGCCGAAAUUGCUACGGUGGCUCCAGAGCAACAUCGAAUGUUGACGUCUGUACGGAAAGCCCUGGAGGAUGUGGAUUUAGAGAAUGACCUGGAGACUGGAGCAAUGAAUCUCGACAUGACUGGGUCAGAAGAGGACAUUGAGAAGCGGAGAAUAUACCUUCGAGCACAAAGGGAUAAAUUGGUGGCGUUGAAAAAAAGAGAACGUGAACGCCAACUGGAAGAAGCAGCAGGACAGCAGUCACGACCAAAGUCAGCCAGAGCAGCACAAAUGGCAAUGAGAUCAUCCCCUUCAGCGACGACGGGUGAGAAAUCACUUGCUGCUAGGAGAGCAUUAGCCGCAGUUCUAAAACAGGAACUGCUGGACAAAUAAUUUACGCAAAUUUAAUGAGUAACCACCGCUGUCUAUGUACCAUGCUUAUCUAUGCAUACAAACUAUUAAUACUAGUAAUACUAUUGUUGCUUUUUUCGAGAUAUCAAUUAUUGCAGAGAUAAUCAAAAUGCGGAUCUGUUUUUAGAUUUUUUUUUGCAUUUGAGUAAUUUUAUUUUGGUUUUUUGGUUGUUGUAAUAAAUCUGUACCAAUAAAUAAACAAUUUAAAUUAUAACUAGACUGUCAUUCAAUGGUAAAAUAAACCUUUCGCAUUGUUGUCACAAUAACUUUUUGCUGGAAAAUUGUU